UCUGGGAGCGACCGAGCUGAUCCCGCGCCCGAGAUGUCCGAGCUGCCGGCGGACUGCAGUGUCCCGCACCCCGACGCGGAGGACGGGGACCGCGACGCCCCGCAGGCGGAGGUAGGCGGCGGGCCGCGAGAGCCGUUCCGGGCGCGGCCUGAGGAGCCCGGGGAAGGUCCGAUGGCGGCAGCCAGGGAAGUUCUAGUGGCGGCGGCCAGGGCAGCUGGGGUGCCAGAGGUCGCCCGACUGUUGGCGGAGCUAGCGGAGGAAGAGCGUCGGGAGGGCAGGCCCGGGAACGGCCCAGGCCUGGCUGCGUCGCCUCAUCGCCUUCGUCGCCUGUUUAGCCUUUUUGAACUUAAUUACAGGCAUUUUCCCCGCCUCUAUCUGCCGCUCUCCCUGAUUCUGGCCAGAAUGCAGGUGCUUGAACGCCGCAGGAGAUCUGUGGAAGCCCGCAGAGCCAGGGAAGCGGCGUUUGAUGCCGAGCAUCUGUGGAAUCCCCAGAGGCUGGCUUUUGGUAGUUUAACACAUACCAUAGCUCUGACUGCAUCUGAAGUGAUCGAUCCUCUGGUAGAAGAACUUGGCUGUGAUAAGUUUAUCAACAGAGAAUAGUUUGGUGAUGAAACUGCUUGCAGAAGAACCUCUGUACUCAAGACAACUUUAUGCCAAUCCUGGAACUUGAUUUAAAAAAGGCAGUUGUAUGCGCGUAAGGCAGUGCACAGUUGAGAAAACAAAGAAGGAAGCUUCUUGUGAAAAACAUCAGAAAAGAAAAAACAAGCCGAAACUGUUAGGACUCUAUUCUUUGGGUUGGUGACUGAUGGGGAUUCUUCUCCUUUCAUUUGGAAGUGUCUUUGAAAAUUGCUUCACUAAAAGGUGAAGAAUGGUUCUAUAAAAUUGAGACUUUCUAAAGAAAUGUUGCCAGUAAUAAAACUCAUGAUGAGGAAAAGUAUCAAGUAGCGAUAGUAGGAAUAAGGACACAGCUGCGUUAUCAGACUGGAAGACAGGAGCGAACUUGAAAUUGCCAGAAAAUGUGCUGUCUUCGUGUCAGAUUGAACAGAAAUUUUUAGUGUAAAGAUCGAUUUUGUAUUCUGAGGCAUUUCCAAUGACAAACAUAGUAAAUGCUGUAUAUAUUACAAAAUAAAUCGUCUGUUUGAGAAUA